AAGGCAUCAUACUACCAUGUCGAACACGUUCAUCGCUGGACUCACCACUGUAUCCGGUGUAGCGAUUCUCGGAUGUCUUUUGUUUUUGGGCUCCAUUUAUCAGGAUAUCAACGUGCUUUACGACAAUGUUAUGGGAGAUAUGACUGACUUCCAAACUUACGCCAAUGAUGCUUGGGACUCUAUGAUCACAAUGAACCAACCAGUAAGACAUUUGAAUGCUGACACCAUUUUUGGACGUAACAAAAGACAAGCUUCAUGCAACUGUGGAACUCAGCCGAGCAACUGUCCAGCUGGACCACCAGGACCACCUGGAGCACCAGGAGAUCAAGGCCUUGACGGAGCACCAGGACAGCCAGGAAAUGUUGGACAAAACGCUGUUGUUGCCAGUAUCGCUGCUUCCACAUCGGAAUGCAUCCCAUGCCCAGCCGGAGCCCCAGGACCACAAGGACCAGAUGGAGCACCAGGUGCACCAGGACCAAGUGGACAGCCAGGUCAAGACGGAGCAUCAGGACAGCCAGGAGCCCCAGGAGUUGCUGGACCACAAGGAGAUGCAGGAACACCAGGACAGCCAGGACAGCAAGGACAAGAUGGUCGCCCAGGACAAAAUGGACGUCGUGGACGUGGAACUCCAGGAGCCCCAGGAGCCCCAGGAGCUGCCGGAGCCCCAGGAAACAAUGGACAGCCAGGACAAGACGGAGCACCAGGACAAGCUGGAGCACCAGGAGCUUCCGGACCAGACGGACAACCAGGGCAACCAGGAGAAGAUGGACAACCAGGAGAGAAUGGACUUGACGGAGUUCCAGGAACUGAUGCCGCUUAUUGCCCAUGCCCAGCUAGAAGUGGACCUGUUGAGGUUGCUCCAGCUCGCCCAGACAAGAAAAUCAGAAUUCGUUUCUCCAACUAAAUUGUUUCAUGGCUUGACUGUUUAUUUAUGCUACUUUGUUGAAUUUUAUCUGAAUAUAUAUGAAACGUUUAUUACUCCAAUC